UGGGCACGAGAGUGCACCAUGGUCUCGCGAGAGUUUAUCAACGGUGACUCUCUAUCUAGGCGAAUUAUUGACUUUUUCAUCAGUUUUUCUCACGUUACAUCAUGUAGAAUACAAUGUCUUGUAAAAUCAUUAUCUAUCUGAAAGAUUAACAGGCAGAGAUUUAAAACUGUUUGUUCUAAGUGCGUGCAAUGUCCUGGGCACGAGAUCGUCGGGCCAAAGGUCACGUCAGAAAAACAAGUGAGGUGGCAGAAGUACUGAGACUGUAGAAGGAAACGAUCUAACUUGUUGACCAAGAUCAGAGUUCAGUGACGCAACGAUGUGGUCUCGUGUGGGUUUUGCCACCGUCUUUGCCGGCACACGUUCACGACAGUGCUGUGACUUCUGUUCGCUCUCAGUGUAGGCAAACAGCUGCAGCGAUUGGAGUGAAGGCGGGGGCCAGGGUAAUUUUUGGCAGCGGAUUCGGAAAAUUCCAGAGAAGCCAUCAGGAAGUGGGUCGCGCGGCCUUACCUGACGGCUGACGAACUUUGUCCCCGUUCGUCUUCAGGGUAAGACAACGGCGCGAGGAAGGAGCGUCAAGACGGCGACACACCAGCGCAUCGACCCGGUCCGAAGGUAGCCGUAGUCGUAGGGUAGAAGAAUCCAAAGAUUAAGUGCCCACGUCCAGAUUCCAGAGAGAGCUUGUCUCGCGUCCGCGGCAUAUUUACACCGAUCAUCAUGAAAGCGUUCUCAUCCAGACUGGUGUUUGUACUCCUGAUAGUCGCCGCUGUUGGCUGCCAAGCCGAGAUUCACAGGGCCAAGCCACAGAGACCGCAGCGGGCUCAACUCGAGUCCACCAGACAAGACUUGUCGGAGAGUGAAGACGGGGGAAGGCCGGAGCACGUCUGGCUGUACUCCUUCCUGGGGUCUGUAGCAGUAGGGAUGUGCGGUGUCUUCCCAUUACUUGUCAUCCCGCUGGAAGCUGGUCCGGCGCUUAGAAAAGGAGCCCAUGCAGGCAGGUUGAAGUUGAUGCUGAGUUUUGCGGUGGGGGCACUACUGGGGGACGUGUUCCUGCACCUGCUGCCAGAGGCAUGGCUGCACAGGGGGGAUCCAGGAGAAGAGAAACAUGGCCACAACUGGGUGGGUUUGUGGACGAUCGCUGGCAUCAUGUCCUUCCUCAUCAUGGAGAAAACCUUCACAGACACAGCAGGGGACGACAAGGCUGACUCACAGGAGACAUCUGAAGAACACAGGAACACACCCCAUAAGGGAAAUGGCAGUUUGCCUCCCUACCAAGAUGUCAGUCAAAUCAGGAGGAGGAGUCUGCAUGAAAAAGACAGCAGUGGGAGUGCUAUAUAGCGCGAGGUUUUAAGAAAUGGUGCCGCAUUGUCAUCUAAAGCAGCAGCCAAUGGGAAAAUAAAGCAGGAGAACGGACCGGUGCAUCUGAGCGAGAACAGCAGAAAUGAUAGAGAUGAUCAGCCCAGUCAACACAUCCAGAUCUCUGGGUACCUGAACCUGCUGGCCAACUGUAUAGACAACUUCACCCAUGGGCUGGCUGUGGGAGGGAGCUUUCUUGUCAGUACAAAGGUUGGUGUGCUGACAACGCUGGCCAUUCUCCUCCAUGAGAUUCCGCAUGAGAUUGGGGACUUCGCCAUCCUGAUGCGCGCAGGCUUCUCCAGAUGGCGGGCAGCCAAGGCCCAGAUCAUCACAGCAUCCGGCGGGAUGUUUGGGACCGCGACGGCACUGCUGGCCGAGUCAGCUGAGGGAGCCGGAGACACCACGGCCUGGAUCCUGCCCUUCACGUCGGGCGGGUUCAUCUACGUUGCCUUGGUGACGGUGGUGCCGGACCUGCUGGAGGAAACGUCAGGCUGGGAGUCCUUCAAACAGGUGGCCAUGAUGAUAGCAGGCAUCGCCACCAUGGGCCUGGUGUCGUGUAUUGCAUGAGACAAACAGAACAAUCAGAAGUAGCGUUGCACUUGUACGAUUCUCUAUGGGUAUUUUAAAAGGUUUUAAUCCAGUAGUAGCUUAUGUAGAAGUACAUUUAGGGUUGGUAAAUGAGAGAGGUACUAAUGGACUCAAAGUCAGAUUUUUCGAAGAACAAUCUUCUUGUCAUUGUUGAAGAUAAUCAUACUAUGUAAAGGACUGUAUGUUCAGCGGCCUAGAACUCAAUCUACCCAUAUUGAUGUACAAACUGCCAAAUUUUCUGAGGUGGGAACAGUAUCAUGUCUUGUGUGAAAAUACUGGAUAAUUUUGUCGUUUUCAAGAAUAGCUGAAGAAAGAAAAGAUAGAAGCUAGUGCCAUUGAUCUUUCAACAUGUAAAGGCUAUGAUGUGCCAUCAGAGAAAAGUCUUGAAACAUUGAUUGUACAACUAGUAGUUCAAAUUCAGCUUCCAUCAAAGCAUUACUUUCCUGACAAAGGUGGGAAGUUGCACACGUAUACCUAUCUGAGAAUAAUAAGCUUCCAGAUUUUGAGCCAUGACUGAGAUUUCCCACUAUUUUUGUCACCACAACUUGAGUGGAGAACAUACUGGUACGCAGUGCUAUUUUUCUGUGACAUAGAUUUUAGAAAUGCAUUUCUACUCUCACAGGGUCUAUGCUACACUAGCUCUGUAUGUCACAUUUGGAACAGCAUGGCUGAGCUGUGGGUUUGUGUAUUUGUUUGUCCUAACAGUAGGAUGACAGCAUAUGGGUGGGGGAAAUAGACAGGCAGAAUGGCAGGAGGUAAAAAAGUCAGACUCAGGAAAUUGGAUGAACGCGACGCUCUCAGAAUCUGACUGGGAGCCGACAGGAAUUAGUAGUUGACAUGGGGGAAUUCGGGACGCUGAGGAUUGCAUACUUCCCUGAGGUCUGAUUUCUUGGUUAGGUUUGUGGUUAAUAGUAAGGGAGUACCUACAGUAUGUAGUUCUGUAGGUGGGAACAGGUGAUAUGGAAAUGGAAGCCAUGCUGCUGCUGCUGCCUUGUCCGACUAAAGUGCAAUUAUACUCUUCAAAAAAAGACUAUCUAUAUUUUGCUUACUGUGAAAAACAUUGAUAUUCUCCAAAGAGCCAAGUAGACUAAUAGGAUCAUGUCAGGCUACCAAAUUCCUGAUGUGGAAAACGUGGUUUCACCCUUGGUAAUAAAGGUUAUAUAUCAUGUAAAUAAAUGUACACAAGAUAUUUUAAUGGUUCUUGUUGUAGAGAUGGUAGAAUUGGACAGUUUGGUGAAAUGAUAUUAUGAACUGGUGUAAAUCAUUUGGGAUACAGGAUACCAGAAGUCAGCAAUUAAAUUUGAAUGCUUUUUACCAGUAACCAUGUCGAUACUUGUUUUAUCACAGUAUUUUGUUACUGGAGACAUUUUAGAACCAGUGUCAGUCAUGUUGUUACACAAGGCUUGUAGAUUCCGAUCUGGGAGUUAUAAAUCUGAAAUUGAUGCAACUCUGAUUUAAUUUAGCUAUUUCACCUGAAAAUAUGUGAAACCUUGUUUUUAACUGUAGGUAGCAGGUACAUGGGUGUUUUUGAUUUCUGUCACACUUAGAAGGAAGGUGAUUGCUAUGUAAUUGUGCAGGGACCUUUUGUGUUGUGUUCUUCAUUUUUCUGUCUAUGAUAAGAACACAAUGAAGACACAAGUUAUGGUGAUAAGUGAAGCUUCUGUUAGAUCUACUACCUUGAUAUAAUAUCCAACUAUAUGUAUUAUGUUGUACAGUAUUUAAUGCUUCAAAUUGUUUGGGUUUCAGAGGGACAGUUUUUGGGAAGGAUGCAGUAACUAAUGCCAGACAUGAAAUUUGUAACUUACAUUGAAGGUAAAAGUAAACCUGUAACUUACUUGUGUUUAGACAUUAUACUGAUUGUUAUACACUUGUAUAGAUAAGCAGUAGCUUGUCAGCAAUCUGAUAUUUUUGUGUUCACAUUUAAGACAUUGCUGCACAAACUGAUUUUAUGUACUACAAAUGUAUUGACCUGGAAGCUAACAACAGUGGAUGUAUAUGUUUACUUGAAUGAUUGAAUUAACAUCGCUAAUUGACAUGUAAUAAUAAGGUAUCCAGUGUAUGGUCAAAUUGAUGCAGUUAUGUAGUGAACCAGUACAUUUCAAAUGUCCAAAGGUUCUGUUUUUCACCUUUAGAAGUCUACAAGUGCAGUGGAACACUAUGUAUGUAUGUGGUUGUCUGGGUAUUCCAAACUUGCAGGGUUUAUCUGACACCUGGUUCCUACAUGUGCAGUUCAAGGGUCUGGCCAUCAAACAGUCUUCUGAUAUAAACAUAUUCACAGAUCUAUUUUGGGCUCUGGCUUUUGAUAACAAGAAAGGAUAAAUGCUAUUUAAUCAAAAGGUC